UGUAGUUCCACAAAGCAUGGUACCAAACGAUGCAAGAGCUUCUAAAUCACUUUCUAGUUCUUCAUCAACCAAUAGUCCUAAUAUCAUUACGGUUAAUGGUGGGUUAACGGGUCAAAGUAUGAAUGCGCCAGAAAGAGAAAAGGUAACAUUCGGAUUAAAACGUAAAGCCGAAGCUGAGACUGAAAAACCAUCAAAAAAAUCCAAAGAUGAAUA